UCUCCCCGUGGUCGCGUGGAUUUUUCUCCGGUCCCUCCGGGCUUUUCCCUCCACAUUUAAAAUCAACAUCUCGCGGUCAGAGUAUUUCGUCUGCUAUACGUUUCCACGCGAUAAACCACUUCGUUGAGCUAUUAUUCGUGGCUGGGUUACUUUAGAAAAUGAACUACAUAGUCUAGCUCAUACUCUUUGGUUAUUUUCGGUAAAGUCACGUCGGUAAAAUAAAUUAAGGAAAACAACUAAAUUAAAUCACGACGUUUCGGAGGCAACACAAGCUUCCGUCUUGAGGUGGAAACCGUCACAGCAAAAUUGCUGUAUCAAGUCUAGCUCAGUGGGCCUUACCUGGUCAAAGAAAAAAAGUUUUAACACGUUAAAUCAAUUUUGUGGCUUUAUGCGAUCCGAUAGACCUAUGAGCAUAGUCAUAAAACACGUUCAGUGUCGGUGGUAUGGUCGUGAGGAAGGAGCCCUUAAACAACGGAAAUGUAGGGGCCAUGCAGGGUUUGUAGCAAGGGAGGAGACAAAAUAGACAAUGUUAUGCAUAUAUUUCACGAAAAUUAGUAAUUUAACCUCGUUAAGUGUAUGCGGGAAAGCAACGCGUGCCGCCGCUACCCAAUCCGAUGUUGCAUUUAUCUUGAGCAGCGUGUUGAAGUUGUAACGUGUUCCGCCCUUCAUUCAUUGAAACCCAUACUCUUUGGUUCUUUGGGUAAAGUCACGUAGAUAGAAAAUUAUUAAUAGAUUACGACGUUUCGAUUGCAACACAAGCGACCGUCUUCACCUGAAGACGGUCGCGUGACUUUACCGAAAGAACCAGUGAGUGUGGAUUCCUGCAGUCACGAAAGCUUCAAAUCAUUAAAACCCGUUGGUUUUAAUGACUCGGCAAAUGUAUGAAAGGGUUAAUUUUCUCCAUUUACUUAUACAGCCCUGAGGUUUUUUUCAACGCCUUUUGCUUUCGCACCUCCGAUUGGCAAUGUGUGUGUGUCUACGUAUGGUGCGAAAGAAGUUCCAAUUUUUUUUUUAAACGACGAAUAUGUUGCCAUGCGUAUCUUUGGUGAAAGCGAGUGACCUGGCCUGACCAAAAUAUGUUUUCUUCACAAUCUUAGCGUUAUUAUUAUUAUUACGCGUGUGUUUAACCAGGGAAGCCCCACUGAGUCGAGAUUAUUUUGCAGGCGGAUCCUGCGAAGUGUCCGGAGUAAGGGCAUCGAUGUUGCUGCUGCUGCUGCCGCCGCCGUGUGUAAUUCCGACUUGAGUAAUUUGCAGGAAGUCAUUGGCUGUGCCCGCACAACGGGGUGCCACGGUGGCUAGGAGAUGUUAUCUACCUCGCCUGGGGAAUGGCUGAUGGUGAAGACGACCUUGAUUUACACGGUGAUGCAACCAGAGCUGGCGCCUCAAUCCCUAGGAAAAAUGCGACUUGGAAUGUGGAAAAUGCGCCAGGUCAUUCGAACGGGCAGCCUCGCUCCGAUGGCACCAGCUCCAAAGCAGAAGAGGGGUCAGGUGACCAGAGACACAGCUUCACAAGGGCUGAGUACUUUACAUUGAUCUCCAUCGCCAGCGUGGAGUUCACCUCCAUGAUGACCAACUCGGUCCUGGUCCCAUUCUUUCCCGAGGAGGCUGCUAAGAAAGGAGCCAGCGACACGGUGGUGGGACUGAUAUUUGGAGUGUUUUCCCUCGUUCAGCUACUCUUUUCUCUUCUAUUGGGAAAAUACAUGGUUAAGAUUGGAGUCAAGUUCACAUUUCUCUCAGGACUGCUGGCCUCUGGCACCUGCACAAUUCUGUUUGGACUCCUAGACGAGGCCCCGAGCGGCAAGAUUUUCAUCGCCCUUUGCUUUCUGCUGCACGGCGUGGACGCCGUGGGCUGUGCUGCCUCCAUGACUGCGUCCUUCACCAUCUUGAUGUCGAUGUUCCCGCACAACAUCUCCACGACCAUCGGCUUCCUGGAGCUCCUCACAGGGCUGGGUUUGGUGAUGGGUCCUCCUCUGGGCGGGUUCCUGUAUGAGGCGUGGGGCUACAGGAUGACUCUCAUAAUCGUCGGCGUCUUCAUGUUGCUCACCAUCCCCGUCGUCCUCGCUGCUCUGCCUCCGCAAGUGCUGGUGGGGAGCAGUGGUUCGUUCGUACGGCUCUUGUCACUGCCCUCUGUGAUUGUCGUGGCAUUGCUCAUCUGCUGCGUGGACUCAUCGAUGGGUUUUUUCGAUCCCAACAUCUCACUGUUCCUCUUUGAGCAGUUUAAUCUGAGCUCCGGGAAGAUUGGACUCGUCUUCAUGAGCCUGUGCAUCUCGUACUCUGUGAGCUGUCCUGUUGUGGGCUACGUCAGCGACCACAGACCUCAAUGGAUGAGAUGCAUGAUGCUGGCUGGAGCUUUUGUAUCCGGUAUCUGCUUCUGCUUGUUGGGCCCUGUUCCCAUCCUGCGCAUCCACACUCAGCUGUGGCUCGUGGUGGUGGUGCUGGCUGUGCUGGGUGUUUCCAUCGCCACAGCCAUCGUCCCCACAUUUUCGGAGAUCCUCCUCAUGGCCACUAAGAAUGGCUUUGAAGAGGGGCUGGGCACGCUGGGGUUGGUGUCCGGUGUCUGCAAUGGCUUGAUGUCUUUCGGGAACUUCAUAGGCCCCACGCUGGGCGGACUCCUCGAUGACUACGUGAACUUCAAGUGGGCCGCGACCAUGGAGGGGCUGCUCUUAAUCCUUGCGGCAUUCCUCAUGCUUGCAUUUUACAGCUACGAGUGCAUCAGUGAAAACAGGCACCGUCGGACAGAAGAGCUGCUCGGCGAUGUGGAGGAGGCCACCAGACCCCUGCUGUCCUAGCUAGCUGGGUGGAGUUGGACAAGCCAAGCAUCGGCGUUCAAUGUGCGAGGAGGGCCGGUGCGACCGCGGUCGAUUGCGCCAGCAUUAGCACACGGCACUCAUUGCAAGCAAAAAAGAGGUGGAUCUAGAAACUUGGCAAGGGGGAGGUGGAUCUGAAAUUUCCAGAUUUUUAAAUGGAGCCCUAAAUUGAUAAUAGUAAUAAUGAAAUCUAUUUACUUUUACUGGUAAAUAUCAAUAAAAUACUUAUCAAUUUUUGGGGUUUUCAAGAUGCCACCCCUUUGGAUCCACCACUGAUGCAAGCAAGAACACAUUAUAAAUGUGUACGUGUUAAAGUGGCAAGGUGGCUCACAGGUGAUAGUGCUGAGCUGGAACCGUUGUGAACCUAGUUUCGAUUCCAGGCAGCUGCCACCAUUAAAUCAAUGUUCUCAAGUGCAAUACACUUAUAGUCUUCGCCCAGUCACCACUAACUGCGCACACAAAAACAGCACGGUAAAUUAAAUUCUGCACUUAAUGUUGAAUCCCAGCACUGAGCUGAUUAUUGGUUUUACUGUCAUGCGAUGAGCAUUACUCUGCCCCCUACUGUGGUGACCAGAGGUCACUUUAAGGGGACCGAGAGAUCCGAGUGGAUUCUGCUAAUCUUGAAAAAAUGCUGGUUGCACAUUUUGGGAGAAUUGUAGGGGAAAUACUAAAUGAAAAUGAGUAUUGAGACUCAAGUGUUCCUGCACUGUCAGACAUGUUGAUGGAGAAUUGCAGAAUUGCAGUUGUCCCUGUGCAAAAUUGUACAAAUGUGCAUGACAAAACAAUGUCACCACCAUUAUUAUUGCAUGAUGUUUAUCAUAAACAGUAAGCGGCUGUCAAAAAUGUUAACCUCCAGAUUACAUUUAAACUACUGUACAGUGUUGAUGAUGGUCAUCUCUUUUUGUUUGUGCCUGUACACCCACUGCCAGUGCAGUCCCAGACAGUAUAUUUAUUUGUAAUCGUGCACAAAUCACAUCAGAAUCAGGUGAAAAUAUAUUGAGAUAUAGUGGAAUUUUAUAACUCGAAAAGGAAUUUGAAAAAAAAACAUCCCAAUUUCGGAAUCUUAUGAAAUCAUGAGAUGAAGGUUGAUAUGUUCUUGAAUAAAGGAAAAUUGUUGACACUUUUUGAGAGGAAAUGGCACUGAAACUAUUGAUUUUAAGACUUAACUUUUUCAUUUGCCUUACUCGGAACGGUUUUACCACCUCUUAUGUAUCGAAGAAUAUUUGUGCCUUAGAUUUCUCAGAAAUGUGAAAAAUACUUUCAAUAAUUUAAGCUGGCUGUAGCAUAUCCAUUAUUCUGUUCACAUGUGUUGUAAUAUAUUUACUAUGUAUUCCACUACAAGUUUGUCGGUUGCACCGUUUUAAAAGUACACCAUGCUUCAGCUAAUGGUACCUUGAAACUUUAACUGGCUCGAAUGCUAAAACAUGUUUCUCAUGUACGAGGAACAUCCUGAUAGUAAUUAACAAUAUUUGUUCGUCAACUAACAACAUAUGAUCGUCGAACAAAAGGCGUGUGAAUGUAACGUGUGAAAACGUCAGGAAGCAGGUCAAAAAAUUUGAAGAUGGUAAUAGUGGAGACUGUCGUUAAAUCCAGCAGUGGCAGAUGACUCCCAACAAUUACACAGAACGGAGGAAAUCAUUCGUACUAUCGUUGCAGAUUGGUCACCACACUGUCGGGACUCUCUCAUAUAUUGGCUUAUCAGUAUAUGUGUGGAUAGUGUUUGAGUGGGUGUGGCUAUGCAAGUCGUGGGCCUGGUUGGAGGGACAUUCGGUUCCCCAUGCCCCAGUGGAGCCUCCCAGAUAUUGGGUAGCCUUAACAAAAAAGUCAACAGUAGAACUCCCAUUUAUUUGACACAGGAUACGUCCGUGUAUUUGUUAGUGGGGAAUAUAUUGUGUGUAUUUAUGGAAUCGAAAGUAAGUUUAAAUGUAAAUAAAAUUCCUUUUAAAAAGUGA